UAUUAGACUGGAUCAACUGAAACGUAACUCGUUUGUUGGUCAAAAGAACACUCCUACAGCGGCUCACCUGGCUACUCCCCGCGCUUCUGGAUUUACCCCCCGCGCUGCUGGAUUUACUCCCCGGUUCUCCACCUCACCUCGACCUGCUGCCAUUUCAUCUGCUCCAGAAGAACCGAUGCAAAUCGACGCUUCUAGACUAUCGAGAGAGGAGCGGCAACGACGCAUCCAAGCCGGUUUGUGUUUAUAUUGCGGUGGAACUGGUCAUGUGCUGCGGAAUUGUCAGAUUAGACCCCCCCGAGUAUUAAAUAACAAUAAUACUCCUGGCUUGUCCCGCGGUGGGCUCUCCCAUGGUUUCCAUGGCAACCCGGACCGUCCAUACGAGCCACCUGCUACAUACUCGGGAAAGCGUGUGGAAUCCUCUCCACACGCUAAAGGGGUAAGCGGUCUAUACUCUGACAUGAUUUCUAAAUCUAUCUGCAUAUCUAUUGUUCUGCUCUGCCAGUCUGCUUCUCCUUUUGUGUUUCCAGCACUAAUUGACUCCGGUGCCGAGGGUAACUUCGUGAACCACCAACUGGCCAGACAACUCCAGAUCCCAAUAGAACCCCUGGAUAACCCUGUCAAACUGUCUGCUGUGGAUGGGAAACCAAUUGGACAGGGAACCAUUUCCCACGUCACCGUUCCUGUCAGAAUGAACGUCAGCGCUCUGCACUCUGAGGAGCUCAGUGUGUCCUAGGUUAUCAACCUCCGCUCAUGCCAUGGUCAGCUGAACCUUCUGAUAUCCCUGCAGUAGAUCAGUGGAUGCGCCGUAGCGAGGAGGUGUGGGAGGAGACUCACAGACGUAUAGAAGCCGUGUUAGAACAACACAAACAGCAGGCUGAUCGUCAUCGUCGUGAGGCCCCGCUCUACUCCCCAGGAGAUCGCGUUUGGCUAUCUACCAGGGAUUUCCGGCUCCCCGAAGGCAACAAAAAAUUAUCAGUUAAGUUUAUUGGCCCUUUUAAAAUAAUCAAAAGAAUCAACGAAGUUACAUACCGUCUUGAAUUACCUUCUAAUUAUCGUGUCUGUCCUUCUUUCCAUGUUUCUUUACUUAAGCCGGUUAUCCCUGGUCCGCUGGAUGAGACCUCGCAUGGGAUGCUGCCUCCUCCGCCUGUGCUCAUGGAUGGUGGACCCGUCUACGCGGUGGAGCGCCUGUUAGACUCCAGAAGGAGGAGGGGAGCCCUGGAGUACCUGGUUGAUUGGGAAGGCUACGGACCUGAGGAGAGAAGCUGGGUUACUGCAGCAGACGUCCUUGACCCAUUGUUGGUGGAAGAAUUCCAUCGGUCGCAUCCGUCUCGUCCAGCACCACGCCCUCGGGGUCGUCCAAGGAGGAGGUCUCCUGACCCUGGAAGGGGUAGGCGCUAUAGGUCUGCUGCUACUCGGUCUCUCAGUUCCGUCCGCGGCUCCAGGAGGGGUCGUCCCAGGACCAGGGGUCGUCCCAGGACCAGGGCUCCUGUUCAGGCUAUCCCCGCUUCGGGUUCUCGUGUCCGUCGGGCCUCCGGGCGGAGAGGGGCGGUUCCUGUGUGUCGUCCUCGUCCUUCGGUUCUUUCGGACUCCUCGGGGGGAGGUACUGUCAGGUCUCUAGGAUCUCCUCUCACACACCCGAACUCUAUUUCCCAAAAUCCCACUGGCCAUGACGUCACCGUCAGCCGCUCACUCUCACCCAAUCGCGUUACGCUCCCCCGUUCAGAGUCACCUGUAUUCUAAGAAGUUCCGGUUCAUAGUAAUUCCAUGUUUUGUAUAUAUAGGGUUCGGUUAACGUCUGUUCUUCGCGAGGUAUUGCCGACUCAUGUUGCGUACUGAGCGUUAUUCCAAACCCUUUUCUGUCUGCCCUUUUGUUAUGAUCUUUUUGCCUGUAUUACGGAUUUUGCCUUUUGUCUUUGCCCUUAUUGGAUUUGUUAUAUUAUCGGACUGUCUCUCUGGCUUUGGAUCUUGGACUGUCUCCUGUAUUACGAUUCCUGCUUCCAGUGUGAGUCUUGUUCAACCUGUUCUCUGGCUGUGUUACUCUGUUUACAACUCUGUAAAUAAACCCGCCUUUACCUUUUA